GGUGUUUCGCUGAGUACACACUCGGUCGUGGACAGCCAGACGCUUCAAUGAGGUGCAUUAACGAAGGAACGCAGGAAUACUCGUUGGAACCCAAUAACCCAAACCCAGUAAAAGAGGCUUGCUGUUUUUUAGGAAGCUAUCUGGUAGAAGCUAGCUGGCGCAAGCUGUGACGUUAGCCAACCAGGUCAUAUCGCAGUGUAAUGACAGGAAGCAUGCUUUGAAUGACACCGUGCUGAGAGGUUUAGCUACCAAUCAGCAGAUAAAGACAACAUCAUUUGAAAUCAGAUGAUUGGAAAAAUGAAAAGGGCAAGUUGCAUGGAGCCUGUGAACAGCCCUUAGCUGUGGUAUAUUGGAAAUAUACCAUACCCCCGGGCCUUCUUUCUUAGUUAUGUUAUUUUCAUAAUACAUGUGCUAUUAUUCAUUUUUUUCACAUCAAGCAAUAUAACAAUUUUAUGAACUUUGUGUGAGUGAGAAAUUCAGAAAUGCCUCCUAGACCAUCUUCUGGUGAGCUAUGGGGCAUCCAUUUGAUGCCCCCCAGGAUCUUUGUUGAUUGCUUGUUACCAAACGGGAUGAUCCUGACCCUGGAGUGCCUCCGUGAGGCUACGCUCAUCACCAUCAAACAUGAACUGUUCAAGGAGGCCAGGAAGUAUCCCCUGCAUCACCUGUUACAGGAGGAGACAUCCUACAUCUUUGUCAGUGUUACUCAAGAGGCAGAGCGUGAGGAGUUCUAUGACGAAACUCGAAGACUAUGUGAUCUCAGACUCUUUCAACCUUUUCUGAAAGUCAUUGAACCUGUUGGCAACCGGGAGGAGAAAAUUCUGAACCGAGAAAUUGGAUUUGCUAUUGGUAUGCCUGUGUGUGAGUUUGACUUAGUAAAGGACCCCGAAGUGCAGGACUUCAGGAGGAAUAUUCUUAAUGUCUGUAAGGAUUCGGUAGAACUCCGAGAUGCCAACGGACCUCAUAGUCGGGCUUUGUAUGUUUACCCUCCCAACGUGGAAUCGACACAAGAACUUCCAAAGCACAUCCAUGGCAAACUCGACAAAGGUCAAAUCAUUGUGGUGAUCUGGGUGAUCGUGUCUCCCAACAACGACAAGCAGAAGUACACCCUGAAGAUCAACCAUGAUUGUGUGCCAGAGCAGGUGAUAGCCGAGGCCAUCAGGAAGAAGACUCGGAGCAUGCUGUUGUCCGCAGAACAGCUCAAGAUGUGUGUGCAGGAGUACCAGGGCAAGUACAUCCUGAAGGUGUGCGGCUGUGACGAGUACCUCUUGGAAAAAUACCCUCUGAGUCAAUAUAAGUACGUGCGGAGUUGCAUUAUGCUUGGUCGGAUGCCAAACCUUAUGCUGAUGGCAAAGGAUAGCCUUUACUCACAGUUGCCCACCGACUGCUUCUCCAUGCCAUCCUACGCCCGGCGCAUCUCCACCGCCACCGCCUACAUGAAUGGAGAGACCUCCACCAAGUCCCUGUGGACCAUCAAUGGCACGCUGCGAAUACGAGUGCUUUGUGCCACCUACGUUAACGUCAAUAUCCGGGACAUCGAUAAGAUUUAUGUACGAACUGGCAUCUACCACGGAGGUGAACAGAUGUGUGACAAUGUCAACACGCAGCGAGUUCCCUGCUCUAAUCCCAGGUGGAACGAGUGGCUGGCUUACGACAUGUACAUUCCCGACAUCCCCCGUGCGGCACGCCUCUGCCUCUCCAUCUGCUCUGUGAAAGGCAGGAAAGGGGCUAAGGAGGAGCAUUGUCCACUGGCGUGGGGGAAUGUCAAUCUAUUCGACUACACUCACACGCUGGUUUCUGGGAAGAUGGCUCUGAACCUGUGGCCUGUGCCGCAUGGCCUGGAGGACCUGCUCAAUCCCAUCGGAGUCACAGGCUCCAACCCCAACAAGGAAACGCCUUGUUUAGAGCUGGAGUUUGACUACUUUAGCAGUGCUGUCAAGUUCCCAGACAUGGCCACGGUGGAGGAACAUGCUAACCGGACCAUAUCCAGGGAACUGGGCUUCAACUACUCCCAGUCAGGACAGAGUAAAAGAGUGGCGCGAGACCAUGCCUUAACAGACAUUGAUAAUGAGCAGCUGAGACAGGUCUGCAACAGAGAUCCCCUGUCUGAAAUCACAGAACAGGAGAAGGACUUCCUAUGGAGGCACAGGCACUACUGUGUAAAUAUACCUGAAAUCCUGCCCAAGAUUCUACUGGCUGUGAAGUGGAACUCAAGAGAUGAAGUAGCGCAGAUGUAUUGCCUCCUGAAGGAUUGGCCAGCAAUAAAACCUGAGCAGGCCAUGGAGCUGCUGGACUGUAACUAUCCAGACCCAAUGAUCCGACACUUUGCGGUUCGCUGCCUUGAGAAGUACUUGACCGACGACAAACUCUCUCAGUACCUCAUUCAGUUGGUUCAGGUUCUGAAGUACGAGCAAUACCUUGAUAACCCCCUAGUACGGUUUUUGCUGAAACGGGCCCUGACAAACCAAAGGAUAGGACACUUCUUUUUCUGGCACUUAAAGUCAGAGAUGCACAACAAGACAGUGAGCCAGCGAUUUGGCCUUCUGCUGGAGUCCUACUGCCGGGCCUGCGGCAUGUACCUGAAGCACUUGAGCAGGCAGGUGGAGGCCAUGGAGAAACUCAUCAAUCUCACAGACAUCCUCAAACAGGAGAAGAAGGAUGAGACUCAGAAGGUGCAGAUGAAGUUCCUGGUGGAGCAGAUGAGGAGGCCGGACUACAUGGAUGCCCUGCAGAACUUCACCUCCCCCCUCAACCCCGCACACCAGCUGGGAAACAUACGGCUUGAGGAGUGCAGAAUUAUGUCGUCUGCUAAAAGACCCCUGUGGCUCAACUGGGAAAACCCAGACAUCAUGUCCGAGCUCCUCUUCCAGAACAAUGAGAUUAUAUUCAAAAACGGAGACGACCUGCGGCAGGACAUGCUAACACUCCAGAUCAUCAGAAUCAUGGAGAACAUCUGGCAGAACCAGGGUCUGGACCUCAGGAUGUUGCUGUAUGGCUGCAUGUCCAUCGGGGACUGUGUGGGCUUAAUCGAGGUGGUGCGAAGCUCUCACACCAUCAUGCAGAUCCAAUGUAAAGGAGGCCUGAAGGGGGCGCUGCAGUUCAACAGCUCAACACUACACCAGUGGCUCAAAGACAAGAACAAGGGAGAGAUGUACGACAUGGCGGUUGACUUGUUUACCCGGUCAUGUGCUGGUUACUGCGUGGCCACCUUCAUUCUGGGGAUUGGGGAUCGGCACAACAGCAACAUCAUGGUCAAGGACGAUGGGCAGCUGUUCCACAUCGAUUUUGGACAUUUCCUGGACCACAAGAAAAAGAAAUUUGGCUACAAGCGAGAGCGAGUUCCAUUUGUCCUAACCCAAGACUUCUUGAUAGUGAUCAGCAAAGGGACCCAGGAGUGCACAAAGACCAGAGAGUUUGAGAGGUUCCAGGAGAUGUGCUAUAAGGCAUACUUGGCAAUCCGUCAGCAUGCCAACCUCUUCAUCAACCUGUUUUCCAUGAUGCUGGGCUCCGGGAUGCCCGAGCUGCAGUCUUUCGACGACAUCGCCUACAUCCGUAAGACCCUGGCGCUGGACAAGACGGAGCAGGAGGCCCUGGACUACUUCAUGAAACAGAUGAACGACGCCCACCAUGGGGGCUGGACCACCAAGAUGGACUGGAUCUUCCACACCAUCCGCCAGCACGCACUCAACUGAGGCCAGGAAUAGCCCUCACCCAGCCCAGCAUCGCUGGGCACACCUGUCAGCCGCGAACAGCAUGUCCCAGCCUCAUGAAAUGUAUGGGUGAUACCCGAUCAUCCUCCGGAGCACUUAACAAUCCACUUUUAUUCAUAUUUCCUACAGCAUCUUAGCAACUAACACACCUUGCUUAAAAGCGUUGCUUUUUUGAGUAUAGUGUUUUUCCUAUGUGUUAUAUUUGAACCUUUCCCAGUUUAUGCAUUCUUUUUGUUCCUUUAAUUUUCUGUGAACUAAGAAGUAUUUGCUCAUCUACUUUUACAGGCUCACAGGGUAUUUAUCGCUUCCUCUUAAUGCCUUUUCAGACAUGGAACAUAGUAACUCUCCAGAAAAAAAAACUGUUUGAAAUCAGUCAUUGUAGAGCUGCAGCCUCCCUCUGGUCUGUCCCCAAAACCACUUUCCAGAAGGCAGAACCGCUGGAAGUAUUUCUGGCACAACAGUUUUGGAAUCCAUUGUCAUCUUGUUGAUAUUAUGUUUAGCAAUUAGUGGUAUCCAUACACACACACACACACACUGUUUGCUCAGGCUGGUAAAUCAUAGCCCCGGUUCAGCAGUACUUGAAGUAGAGUGAACUGUCAAGAAUUCCUUGCAGUGUAGAAACGCAGCCUUAAUGUAGAAUGUACAGCGAGAGCAAACCCUGGAAAUGUCCCUCUUGUUUCUUUUAGGUCAAAUUCCUCUAUUGCUCAAUGAGGUGCCUUCAGUUGAGCUUGUUCAUAAUGAAUCUUGAGAAGUGCAUUAAGCUUGUCAUUGUAACCUCUUCCGAAUGGAUCAUUUCAUUGUACAUGUGAAUGGUGCUGUCGGAUUGUGAAGCAAACAAAUGUGACGGUGAUGUGGGUGAGCAUGGAGAGAAUCAGCAGUACAGUUUGAGAGAAAACUACUUCACUUGAACACUUAUGGAGGUGGAUUAUGUCCGAUCAGGGAUUGAGAUAUUUAAUGGCUGUUCAAGGCAGCUAGCCCACCCCUUUGUUUACCUGGGUGACCAAUCUUCUUUAAUCCAGAUCUAAAUAUAUUUAUGACUAUUCUGCACCCUCAUUUUACUAUUGCGUUGUUGGUGUAAAUAUUGUGAUGAGUUGGACCUAGGACACUUUGACAAGGAGGUGUGGGUUAAGGUUGGUAUUCCACAGUGGCUUCUAAAAGACCAAACCUCUUUUGAAUGAAGGAUGUUUGUUUCCUGAUGAAAACCGUGUAUUCUCAUUCUCAAUCACGUUGUGUAGAAUAGCUGAUGUACUGUACUCUGGAGAGAAACAAGGUGCUAUCUGAAGAUGGAUGACAACCUACCCUCGCCACCAGAACAGAUUGUUUUUAAACUGAUCAAGACAAAAAGAGGCACUUUCCAUUUUUCUAAAUGUUUCGCUGAAUCAAUGAAAGCCAAAGUUGUCAAUUUUUUCUGUUAAGUGAACUGAUCGAUAUUUUAUCUGUUUUACCAUAGAAAGCCUUUGGACUGAUAUGUUUUCCUUCAUAGUUAUCAGUUAAGUUGUGAAGAAAAAACGAGUGUAGUAAACAAGUGUUGGGAAGUUAUUCGAUGUUGAAAAUUCAUGGGAAUACAUGACUCGCUGCACAGUAUUUCAAAACACUAUCUUUUAAUUAUCUUUAAAAUAUCAGAUUAAGAAUUUCUAAUACCCUACAGGCAAUGAAGUCUAUAUGGCUUCAGACUUCGUUUUUCAACAAUGGUGCCUAUGUUUGUAGAUGUUGUCUGAGAAGUUGACUAUAGGCUGGGGAACAGGAACAAAAGUCUGAGCUGUUGUAGGUUGUAGAGGUUCAAAAGUGUACUAUUGCGGUGUUAUUCCGAAUACAAAAAAGUUUCUUAUUUUGAAUACCUGUUGUUCCAAUAUGCAGCAAACCAAUCGACUGGAAUGGUGAUGGACAGUUGCAGAUACCAUUUGAAUUUGCACUUUUUUUCACGCUUUUGGUCUCACAGGACACCAUAGUUUGGUUGCAUGUGUUUUUUUAUGCAUAUUCAAUUAUAUCCCUUUCUAUCUGAGAUUAGUCAGAUUCAUUAUUACAUUGUAGUAGUCACCAGCCUUUUGUUAGUGCUUCAAAUGCCAUUAAUUGCAUUUUAUGUUAACUUGUUUGUGUAUGUGUGUGUAUAUUUGCGUGCAUAUGUGCAGUUUUGUGGGCUGGACCCAUUUUAAAAGCCCAUUCACAAGGUCAAUGUAUGUGUGUUAUGCUUUGUAAAACUUUUUCACUUGGUGAACAGCAACAGGGAAAAUAUGCUGUAAGCAUAAUUUGUAUUUAAAGAGGAAAAACCUCGGCUUCAGAAAUGUUACUUGAAAUGUGAUGAACCACGUAUGAUGAAAACAAAGCUGUUAUGGCCAUGUAGUUUAUAGCACUGAGGGUUCGCACAGGCAAAUCCAUACCGAUUGUGAAUGUUUAAAUAAUUUGGUCAUUAUGCAAGUCUCCCAAGUUGGAGAUUCGAAGUUGACUUGGGCUGUAAAAGAAAAUAACCCUUUUAUGUGUAAACAACUUAUUUAAGAACAUGGUCUUUGUUUGACUGAAAUGUCUGGAGUGGUUACAUCACUCCAUUAAAUACAAUACCUUUUAUUCUGACAGGUUUGUAGACAUUGAAUUCUAUUUUUUAUAUACUUUGUCAUUACAAUCAACAAUGCUACUAUGAUUGUACUAUAACAGCCAUCCUGCAUGAGAGUUGGUUCAAAUAGUAUUUUAUGAAUUGUGCCAAUAGCUACAAAGAACGUUUAACACUAUAAAAACUUCAAUCUCUAACCAGGGAUAUACCUACAUUAUCAAAUACAGUAUAGCUUGUAUUUCAGUUUGCUCUUCAGUGUAAAUAUGUCUAUUGUAUCCUAACUCAACUACAAUUCUUUGAGUGUUAUGUGAUGUACAAAUAAAAAGCAUCUCCUAACAA